GGCGGGUUUGGAAGUUUGGAACUGCUUCUCUGAUUGUCCGGUUUUUUACGUUAUUUUGCUACACAGGAGAAGAAAGAAUGUCAAGCUCCGAGUGCUGCUCAAACCCUCCGACCCUGAACCCCUCCAGCGGCACCGGCCAUGUCGAAAACCUCGGCGGUCUCGACUCCUAUGUCACUGGCUCCCCUCACUCCAAACUUGCCCUUCUCCUCGUCUCUGACGUUUUUGGAUUUGAAGCUCCAAACUUGAGGAAGCUUGCUGAUAAAGUAGCAGCUGCUGGAUUCUUUGUUGUGGUUCCCGACUUCUUUAACAAAGAUCCUUAUGCACCUGAAGAUGCCAAUAGACCUCUUCCUGUUUGGAUAAAAGAUCAUAGACCGGACAAGGGAUUUGAGGAUGCAAAGCUAGUUCUUGAAGCUUUAAAAAGAAAAGGCGUUUCUUCAAUCGGUGCUGCAGGCUUCUGUUGGGGAGCCAAGGUUGUGGUUGAACUUGCAAAGCGCGCUUUAAUUCAAGCUGCUGUUCUGUGUCAUCCUACAUUUGUCACUGUGGAUGAUAUAAAGGAGGUUAAGGUUCCUAUUUCUAUACUUGGAGCUGAGUUUGAUCGGAUAUCUCCACCUGAAGUUGUGAAACAGUUUGAAGAGGUUUUAACUGCAAAAUCUGAGGUUAAGAGCCAUGUGAAGAUAUUCCCCAAAGUGUCACACGGGUGGACGGUGAGGUACAAUGUUGAAGACGAAGCAGCUUGUAAAUCUGCCGAGGAGGCUCAUCAAGACUUGUUGGAGUGGCUCUUGAACCAUGUCAAGGGAGUGACAUCAUCACUGUAGUGGAUUUCCUUAUCCUAUCAGCUGCUUUCUAUUGGUAGUGGUUAAAUAAUGCCUCUGGAGGUUUAUGAACUAGUGUAUGUUUGUAAAGUUUUGUAGUUUGAUUGAACUGACGGUCCUCGACCGGCCUCCUCCGUGUAACCCGGAAGAACCCCCAACACCAUUUGGGUGUCAUGUAAGUAUAGUACUAGUUCAAGAUGCCCAAUGAGUUGUGCCCCCCACCAAAAAAGGGAGUUUUAUAAACUUAAUGAUUUUGUUUCCGGCACAUGAUAA